AUGAAGAGGACAAAGUUGUCCCUAAGAAGAGGAGGAAGGCGGUUUACCCAAGGUCGUGUGCGGGAGCCCAGGGACUUGAGGAUGGCGAGAGUUUUCCUCGUCGACUCCGACGUUGGCAUCGAUCCCGAUGUCGCUAGAGAGAAGGAAGAUUUGGCAACGGACGGGCCUCGAACUUACCCGCCGAAGCGGCCUUUGGUGUGGGCAGUCUGUAGCUGGCCUCCGAACUAG